GAGAACCGCACACUUUCGCGGCACCAUCAUCGCCUUCCCGCUGUGGCGUCAAUAGGGCGCAGCUGGGGACGUGUUGAAGCCGCCGUCCUCAUCCGAUCUCCUCGACCCGCAACGACCGCCGUGCUCGCCGUCCCCAAGUCUGUGACGCACAAACAGUCUGAAACGUUUGUCCUAUUCGCUGACGCACCGAAGACCGAGGCACGUAACCGGAAGGGUGAACAGGCGCGCACUUCGUCCCGUACCCGCUAGAUGAGACGCGAGCAGAAGAUGAGGGCCGCGGCGACCUUGCUUUGCUCCCUCUCCGUAGCGAGCGCCUGGUUCGUAGGGCCCCCGACCUUGGCUGCGUCGUCGCAUCGUCACUUCGAUUCCACAACUUCGCGAGCUUCAUCGCCUCCAUUUUCUUCCACCGCGCAAAGAAGGCGGCGCAACGCCGCCGGGGUGGAGGCCGCCGAUGCAAGCACCACGAGCGGCAGCAUUCGAGGGCGGAGGCGCGCAGCACCGGCGAGAACAAGCCAUCGCAUGGUAGCGUCUUCUAGGAACUGGGAGUGGGGUAGGGCGAAGAGCAGCGGGGACGCCCCGACUCCCGCGGCGCAGGCGUUCGGCAGCGGCCAGGAGCUCAAGCUCGGAGUGCUCCUUUUGAACCUCGGAGGGCCGGAGCGCCCGGAAGAUGUGCAGCCCUUUCUGUUCAACCUCUUCGCGGAUCCGGACAUCAUCCGACUCCCGAAGCUGGUGCGGUGGCUUCAGAACCCCAUCGCUGCGGUGCUCGCGGCCCGCAGGGCACCGCAGAGCAAGAGCGCGUACGAGAGCAUCGGCGGCGGCUCGCCGAUCGUGUCGUGGACCAACGCGCAGGCCAAGGGCAUCGCCUCCCAGCUCGAGGCGAAAGGGCUGAGCGGCACCAAGUGCUACGUGGGGAUGCGGUACUGGCACCCCUUCACGGAGGCAGCCCUGGAGGCCAUCGAGGACGACGAGAUUAAUGCCUUGGUGAUCCUCCCGCUGUACCCGCAGUUCUCCAUCUCCACGAGCGGAUCGAGCCUCCGCAUCCUCAACGAGGAGUUCACCCGGCGGCCGGAGCAGUGGGGCCACAAGAACGUGGUCCACACCGUGGUGCCCUCGUACCACGACCGCCCGGGCUACGUGAAGGCGAUGGCGAGCCUCAUCGCGCGAGAGGUGGCGGAGUACACGCCCGAGCAGCGGAUGCAGGGCGUGCAGGUGCUCUUCUCUGCACACGGCGUACCCAAGUCGUACAUCGACGCGGGCGACCCGUACAAGGCGCAAAUCGAGUCCUGCGUCAAGCUCAUCUCGGAGAAGGUGGAUGGGAUCAACGCGGAGGGCGGCCCCGGCGCCAAGCCCGGCAGCUCCGGCGCGGCCGCGGGCGGGGUGACGUACCACCUUAGCUACCAGUCAAGGGUGGGGCCCGUGGAGUGGCUGCAGCCGUACACGGACGCCAAGAUCCACGAGCUGGCGGACAACGGGUGCAAGAACCUGGUGGUUGUGCCUGUGUCGUUCGUGUCGGAGCACAUCGAGACCCUGGAGGAGAUCGACAUGGAGUACAGGGAGGUGGCUGAGGAGGCCGGCAUCACCAACUGGCGACGGGUACCGGCGCUCAACACGGACCCGGCUUUCAUCGACGACAUGGCGGACAUGGUCGUGGAGGCGUUAGCGCUGCCGACACUAACGGUAUCAGAGGCGUUCACGCGCAACAACUGCGACCGUAAGGAGGCCGAGGGUUUACUCGAGAAGGCCCUCGAUGGCAUGUACGGCAUGCCCAAGACGGGGAAGCCGCCCAAGUCGGGGAAGGUCGGGGGUGCAGGCGCGGCGGGAGCGACCGCCAGCAGCAGCGGUGGCGAGGCGGGGGGCGGCGGCGCGGACGGGGAGGCGUCCGGCGACAAGCGCAAGGAGGCGACGCGAGUGCUGUCCACGCUGUCGGGGGCAGCCUUCGCGGCGGAUGGGGUGGGGAGAGAGAUCGCCGGGAUGUUCACGGCCACCUCCGACGGCAUUUUCUUUUGAUUCUGCUGCUCGCGGUUUGCGGUCUGCCAUCUGCGAUCUAUCUGCGAUUGCUUGUGUUGUCGCGACCUUUGGUGUGGUCGGAGGUGUGGCGAGAGCGGAUGCCGCUCCUAGUCGUCGCUGACGAUUGUGCAAGCUGCUGCUGCCGCCGCCGCCGCUGUGUGUCGUGGGUGGUUUGGUGUCUCCCACACGAAAAUAGGUCUUGCUACUUGUGACUUUUGCUUGUUGAGUUUUUUCUUUUUAUUGGACUGCUUAUUUGACGUGUUUGGUCGGUGUCCUUCACACGCGGACCCCAAAAAGCCUGCGGCUGUAAAGACGAAGGAAUCGCCAGCUUGUGGAGUGCUUCGCGCACGGACAGGGGGUCUUGCCGGGGACAAGCUUCACAAAGUGCUGUUGCACGGACCGUGAUUGGCCACCACUAGAAACGGGCCGUGUUUUUUUACCGGCGUCGAGGAUGAUGUAGCAGUCAUCUUGUCAUCACAUGCACGAGUAGGAGCGGGGGCGGGGCGUUUGCAGCAUGGAGUGCAUUCCGAAGCACAGCAGCUUAAGGUACUGGAACAGUUGGCUACCACAUUGGGUAAGGCCUUCGAACUAAAUACUUAUUAGUAAAGAGUUGUUGGUUCCUGUCGAGCAGCUUCCUACCAUACGCCGUGCCGGGAAACGGCAAUAUAGUUAGGGCGCUUGAUGCUAGGUUGUCGCCUGAUGUUUUCCAGGAUUGUAAAUACGGUAACAUACGGGGACGGGGGGCGGAGAAACGAGAGUCAUGCUUGCGCGCGCGUGCACACAUACAGCAGGGCGGGAUUGUGAGUGAAGGCCUUGGUACGAAAACGUGCGGAACGUAGAUACAUGUCCGUCGGUUGUGUUAUGUGCGUUUUGGUUUGUGCCAAAUUUCUGAGCGAGGCCAGCGAGCGUGGCAAGACGGCGUGUGUUGGGGUUAUUUUCAGUUGUUGUGGAUGACUGUUGCCUGGCGGCAGCGGCAGCGGCAGC